CCUUGGUAAUUAGUUUGAUUUUUGUUUCACCAUGCAAGGUAAACAAACGUUAGUCAAGUGAUAACGUGAUUGAGUCCCUAUCAGUAUUUUCAGUUAUGUGCUAUAUCUCUUACUAUAAUUUUAUAAAUGAAUCAGUAUUUAAGUGCAUAUGAACUUUCUUGUGAUUAGUUUAGGGGCCGCAUUUAAUAUCACAGCAUUUGAGGAGACUACACAAAUAACGUGAUGUGAGGAUGGAACCUUUGGCAGAAGCAUUUAUAGUUUUAGAAGGGGUAAUUGAACACGUACGUCUCAAGCUAGGUUCGGAUGCACAGGAGCACAUUAACCCAAACCUGUUGUUUGGUAGAGCAGAAAAUGAAAUAAAAAAUGGCUUAACUGUUAAUGAAGCUAUUGAAACACUAAGUUCAAGUGUAAUAUCAGAAGUGCAAGAAAAGCAGGAAAAGAAAUUAAGUGAUCUAAAUAGAAUUAAAGAUGAUCUUGAGAAAACAACAGCAGAAAUAGUUAUACGGCAAAUAAAGGAUGACCUGGAGAAAGCCUCGGAGCAUUUGAUUAAGGAUAAAGGGAAAAGUGUUGAGAUUGGAUUGGGAAAUGAAAAUGUAGGGUCACAAAGCAGCAGUUCACAAAAUGAUGUAUCCAGCAUAGACAAGGACAAAUUAGAGAUGAGGAAUAAUACACUCACUAAUUGUACUUCUAGUGUGAAUAAACCUUUAUGUCCUCAGUCCUUUGUAAGUGAGAGUAUGGUAAGUGAUGAGGAUGAUGAGAUAAGUGUGUUGAGCCCAGAACCAGUAAAACCUGCUCCAUUAAUUGAUCUCGAUGAUAGCUCAAGUCCCAGCUCAUCCUCUAGAAGUAGCAUUUGUAUUGUUAAUGAGCUAGAAAAGGCUCAAAGUAAAGAGAAAGAGACAUUGCAAGAUCAGUUUGAUCAAGAAAAUGCAGAAAAGUUUGAUUUUGCAAGCAAAACUUUGCUUGAUGAAGAAAGGAUUUUGACAAACGAUACUCCUAAUGUGAAAAAUACGCUAGAAGUUAGUGAUAACAGUCAGGAAAAUGAAAUGUAUGAAAAGGUUAAUAAUGAAAAUGAAAUGCAUAAAAAGGCUAAUAAAGAAAUAGUGAAAAAGAAAGUAAUAGAGAGUGAUUUCUCAGAAUGUUUAGAUGAAACCAAUUUUGGAGGGCAGGUAAGAUGCCAGUCAGACACUGAAGAUGAACAAAAGUCACUGAAGCAGAGAUCCCAAGGAUCACCAUUGGCAGGAAUGUCUUCAGAGUUGAAGGUAAACAGUUGUGUCGAUGAAAAUAGAAAUAAGAAAAAAAUUAAUGGAAUUGCUAAUUUCAUGACAGAAAAUGCAGUAGACAAUAAUCAUCUCUCAGAUGCUUUGUGGGAAGAUGCUCAUUAUGUUUGUUCACGGCUUCCAUAUUUCCAGCUGGCAGAUGUUCACCAGAGCAUGGUUGAUAAUUUUUACCAUCCUAAUCGUCUGGUUUAUGUCUUAGAAGAAUAUAUCAAUUUAGCUGUUGACCGUGAGGAAUAUGUACCCGAUAAUGUAUUUCUUGGUCUUUGGGCUGCCAAGAAAAGAUCUUAUUUGGAGAUCGGUGGUACACAAGAAGUGGUAGGUGAGAAGAAAAUUAAAGUUGAUCAUAAUACAUUAGACACCAUCAGUGCCAAGAAGUUACAGGCUCCUUUAGGACUGGAGAAUAAGUUCAAUGAUUCCCUUCCAUCUACAAGUGGUGCUAAUAAUCCAGUUGCCUUGGCUGUUGUAAAAGAUGAAGAUGUAAGUGGUCCAUAUUGUAUAGAUGACCCUAAUAUAAGAACUCAUAAUAAUAUUGAAAAAGAUUUUAUAAAUAGUGGACCUGUGGAACUUAAGUAUGAUAGAGAGAAGUGGUGUAAGGAAAAGAUGGAAUUUAUUUGUGCUGUUGUAUGUGGCAUUAAUAAAGAAAUUUUGCAAGUGCAAGUUGAAUCAUGCCACAGUGAAGCUGAUGUUGAGAGAUUAAUGGCAAAAUUAUUGGAAGAGCAAGAAAACAUUGAAUCUCUUGUUAAAGAACAUGUUAUCCCUAUUCCUAUAGCACCAAGUGAACAGCUCAGUACCAGUGCCUUUCAGCCUGUUGAUAGAACAAGUGUUAGUACAAACGAACCUAAUCCAGUUGAAGCAAAUACUGGUGAUGGAAUCCAGCCUGGCAGCUCAGUUGAGAGUCAGUCAGGGAUGGAGGGAGAGGAUCAAGCAAACCUUGCUGCAGACUUAGAGGACAGGAUUAUGGCCCAGGUAGCAACUUUGUCGGAAAUGUUUGGUGAUGCUGACCCCGAUUACUUACAAGAGAGGUGUGUUGGUAUCAAUGGUGACCAGGCACAGUUCCAAACACUAGUGGAUGAACUCCUUAGAAACAAAGACUAUCCCAAGCUAGAAGAAUAUAACAAGAGGCAGAAACGAUUGGAAAUUAGGAAGAAAUUCAUUGAAGGCAUGUCUGUUGAGGAGUUUUUGGAAUAUUUUGAGGAUCCUGAGAAGGUGUUUUGUGAUUCGGAGAAAACCAUGAAUUCAACAUAUAUGGAUAAUGCUCGAGCUCAGUUGAAGCGAGACUUGCCAUACCACCUCAUCAGGGAUAUUGAUAAUGAACUCAGGAAACACAACUACCAUUACUUGCCCACACUUAGAGCUCUGCAGGAAAACAUAAAGCUGAGCCGGCGCAAGACAAAACGUACAUCUCCUGUCAAUGAGACAGACAUGGAUGACAUAUUCAUUAAAGAAUUGUGCUAUGUCCGAAUGCAAACAGAAAUCAAAGAACAUCUGUGGAAAAAAGAAGAAAAUAAAAGGAGGGCUUUCUUAUGGGCAAAAGCUACACACCAGUUGCAGGAGUGCCAUUGUUGCUAUGAUGAUGAGGUUCUGGAAGAGGACAUGGAUACUUGCAGUGCUCCAGGCAGCCAACACAAAUUUUGUAUUAAUUGUAUUAGAAGGUUUGCAGAGGAAGAAAUAGGCCAAGGUCGAUCAAGCUUUCGAUGUUUAGAAGGUGAAUGUAAAGCAGAAUUCUCACUCAGUACCCUUAAGAGAGUCAUGAAGCCAGCAAUUUUUUCCAACAUUCUAGAACGGAAGCAACUUGAAGAAAUUGCAGCUGCAGGAAUUGAAGACUUAGUAGCAUGUCCAUUUUGUAAUUUCCAGACCAUCAUGCCCAACAAAGAGGAUAAAGUAUUCAAGUGCCUCAACCCAGAAUGCAUGAAGGAUUCUUGCAGAUUCUGCAAAGAACCCAAUCAUGUGCCGUUACGAUGUGAGGAAGUUGAAAAACAGCAUCAGAAAGAUGCACGAACUUACAUGGAGAAUCGAAUGACAGAGGCAAUGGUUAGAGAAUGUUGGAAAUGUAAGAAGAGAUUCAUCAAAGAGGAUGGAUGCAAUAAAAUGCGGUGCUCCUGUGGAGCAAUGAUGUGUUACAUAUGCAAGAAGCAGAUUAAUGGCUAUAACCACUUUGAAGAUAAACUCAUCCCAACAGAUCGAAACAAGUGUCCUCUUUGGAGUAACUCAGAAACGAUCCAUGCUGAAGAGGUGCGAGAUGUUGCUGAUAAGUUGAAGCAGGAGAUGGAUCCUAACUUGGAGCUCAUUCAUAAUCCUCUGAAUGACCUACCUGAGAUCCCCAAGCACUUGUCGAAGCAGAAGAGUGGCAUACCAGCACCAAACCGUCAUAACCCUCCGCCUGCCCACCAGCGCAGACCCCACAUAAUUCCUCCACAUAACCAGCCACUUCGUGCUCCACCACUUGACUAUCAUCAAGUUCAUCGUGUAGGGCCUGUGCAUUUGUUUACAUUUCCUGUGCCGGGUCCACCAGCUCAUCACAAUCCUCAUCCACCACCAGCUCAUCAGCAGGCCCAUCUCCAGCUUCAUGUAGCUGCACCUGCAAUGACUGUUCCUGAAGUAAAUGGCUACCAACACCACCACCACCAUCACCACCACCACCACCACCAUCAUCACAUUCCCCAUGCUGCUAGAUACCCAGAAGCGGUCCUCAAUCAUCAUCCCCCAGCACAGCCAGAGCAGAUGAGGGACAAUCUCUUUGAUCAAAUAAAUGAAUUUAAUGACAUCAUGCAAGGAGUCAGGAGGAGGGAUGGAGGUGUGGAAUAUCAGAGAGAGGUUGCACCAUGGAUACAACAGCAGCAGCAGCAGCAGGUACACAGAGGUCAGCAGCAGCAACUGCAACUGCAGCCACAACUACAGCAACAACAGGAGCAACAACAAAACUAUAUCAAUCCAGAAAAUCACCAGCAUUUAAUUAAUAUUGUACCCAAUCAAAAUCAGCAUCGGAUUCCACAAAAUCUGCAAGAACAACAGCCACAGGAUCAGCCUAACACUGAUCUUCAACAACCGGGUGAAAAUCUGUUAGUUGAGCAGCACACUCCUCAGCACCAUCAACGACAACAAAUAGAAACACUUCUUGAUAAGUUUCAGGAGUUUUGUGAUAUGCUAUGAUUCUUAGAAACCGAUAGUUAUUUCAAACAUAUGAAUAAAUAUAAGAGACUUUGUAGUUGUAGUGCAGUAUGUAGGUCAUAAAGAGAAAGUGAUUGUAAAUAAUGUGAUAUUUUACCAUGAGCAUGAGAACAAGCACUUGCCAGUAUCACAACAACAAAAAUUUGAAGAAUUUCAGUUAUUUGUACAAAGUUUAUUAGUGAGUAAAAAAAACAUUAUGGUUACAAUAUUUCAGAUAUUUUUAUUAAUAAUUAUCCAUAAUUUAAGUAUCAGUUUUUAUUUGAUAUUUAAUUGCAUACAGAAAAGCUGUGUUUAGCAUGGUUCAAUAUCUUGUGUUUUAAAGGAACUCGAGUCUCAUAAAACUUAGAUGCCUUUGUUUUUAGCUGAUAAAUAUGAUCAUUUAUUUUUGUAUUAGAACUGUGUGCAGUAUUUUUGUAUGCAUAAAUCAGCACCUAAUGUUUUAAACCUUAGGCAAAAGUAGGUGAAUUUUUAUUUAAGAGAUAAUGAUUUUUUGUUUUAAUACAGUGCAAAUUUUUACUGUGUGUAAUAAAUAAAUUAUGUAUGUGUGUGUGUGUGCAUGUGCGUGUGUGUGUACGCGCAUGCAUGCGUGUUGAGUUAUAGCUCCUGGCCCCAUCUCUUCACUACCAGAUCCAUACACUCCCUUCUCCCUGAACUUUAUCGAACCUUUUCUUAAAGCUGUGUAUGGAUCCUUCCUCCACUACAUCACUCUCCAAAUUGUUCCACUUCCUGACAACUUUCUGACUGAAGAAUUACUUCCUAACAUCCCUCUAACUCAUCUGAUUUUUCAGCUUCCAAGCUUCCAGUUGUGAUGCCUUGUUGCUGUGUCCCAUCUCUGAAAUAUCCUGUCCCUGUCCAACUUGUCAAUUCCUCUCAGUAUUUUAUAUAUUGUUAUCAUGUCUUCCCCAUCCCUCCUGUCCUCCAGUGUUACGUUGAUUUCCCUAACAUUACUCUAUAGGGCAUACCCCUUAGCUCUGGGAUUUGUCUUAUUGCAAACCUUUUCACUUUCUUUAAUUUCCUGAUGUGUUUGACUAGGUGUGGAUUCUAUACUGUUGCAGCAUACUUCAAUAUGGGCUUGAUGUACACAUACAGUGUCAUGUCGAAAUGCUGCUCUCAGGUUUGCCAGGUGCCCAUGUCCUGCAGCAGUCAUUUGGUUCAUGUGCACCUCAGGAGAUGUGUGUGGUAUGAUGCUCACCCCAAGACCUUGAAUGAGUUUUGCAGCCUUUGACCUCUUAGGCUGUACUCUAUCUGCGGUCUUCUUUGUCCUUCCCCAAACUUCAUAAAUUUGCAUUUGCUGGGGUUAAACUCCAGGAGCCAUUUGUCAGACCAGGCUUGCACCCUGUCCAGAUCUCCUUUUAGGCUUACCUGAUCCUCAUCCGAUUGUAUUCUCUUCAUUAGCUUCACAUUGUCUUUGAACAGGGACACCCCUGAGUCUAUCUCUUUCGUCAUGUCAUUCACAUAUACAAGAAACAGCACUGGACCUAGAACUGACCCUUGUGGAACCCCACUCAACACAGUCACCUCAUCAUGUACCAACACAUGUUGUUUCCUUCCUGUCAGGUAUUCCCAGAUCCAUGGCAGUACUUUCCCUUCUCUUCCUGCCUCCUCCCCUAGCUUGUCAACCAGUCUCUUGUGUGGUACUGUGUCAAAAGCUUUCUUACAGUCCAAGAAGAUGCAGUCUACCCAUUCCUCUCUCUCUCCUGUCUUACUUCUGUUACUUUGUCAUAGAACUCCAGUAGGUUUGUGAUGCAGGAUUUCCCUUGCCUGAAGACAUGCUGGUUGUCACGUAUGAGCCCGUUUCUUUCUAGGUUCUCCACCACUCAUCUUGGCCCACUGCCUUUGCGGUGUCUAGUUUCCCUAGGAGCUUCUUCACUUCCUCCUCGGUUUUGUGUGUUGGGGGGGGGGGGGUUGCAGGGGUCGAGUCACAGCUCCUGGCACCUCUUCACUGGAUGCUGCUGGGUCCACACACUUCCUGCUCCAUGAGCUUUAUAAUACCUCUUCCUGCCUCCACUACAUUACUUUCCAGACUAUUCCACUUCCUGACAGUUCUGUGACUGAAGCAAUACUUCCUAACAUCCUUGUGAUUCAUCUGAGUCUUCAACUUCCAAUUAUGAUCCCUUGUUGCUGUGUCCCAUCUCUAACACAUUCUGUUCCUAUCCACCUUGUCAAUUCCUCUCGGUAUUUUAUGUCAUUAUCAUGUCCCCACUAUCGCUCCUGUCCUCCACUGUCAUCAGGUUGAUUUCCCAUAACCUACCUACCUCUCCCUCCAUCCCAUUCCCCCCCUCUAUCUAUCUAUAUAUAUAUAUAUAUCUUUCUUUCUUUCAACACACCGGCCGUAUCCCACCGAGGCGGGGUGGCCCAAAAGGAAAAACGAAAGUUUCUCCUUUUACAUUUAGUAAUAUAUACAGGAGAAGAGGUUACUAGCCCCUUGCUCCCGGCAUUUUAGUUGCCUCUUACAACACGCAUGGCUUACGGAGGAAGAAUUCUGUUCCACUUCCCCAUGGAGAUAAGAGGAAAUAAACAAGAAUAAGAACUAGAAAGAAAAUAGAAGAAAACCCAGAGGGGUGUGUAUAUAUGUGCUUGUACUAUGUACUGUGUAGUGUGACCUAAGUGUAAGUAGAAGUAGCAAGACGUACCUGAAAUCUUGCAUGUUCAUGAGACAGAAAAAAGGACACAGCAAUCCUACCAUCAUGUAAAACAAUUACAGGCUUUCGUUUUACACUCACUUGGCAGGACGGUAGUACCUCCCUGGGCGGUUG